CCUAGUUGUAAUUGGUGUCAAAUUCCACAAAAUAUCCCAAAAAUUCGGAGGUUUAAUCAUGGAUUCUAAGGAGGAAGCCAACACCGACGGAGACCGCCGCGAUAUGGCCGCUGAAAAUUCCGACACCGUGGCUCUGAACAAAAAGCGGGCUCGCAGGGUGAGCUUUGCUGAGUUGACAUCUGUUCGCAUCUACGACCGCGAUGAGGAAUCAAAUGAGAUAUCUCAGUCGGAGAAUGCGAAAAUGGCGGACGAUUCGCCAGCUGAAUUUAGGUUUGGCGGGCUGUUGCAGCGGAGUAAGGAGUUUGGAGGUGAGGAUGAUGGAGGUGAUAACCUCGAGGACGAGAUAAGAGAAAUGCAGAGGCAUUUUCUGCGCCCGAUUGGAUCGCCUUCCUCCGGAGGGAGCACAAUGGGUUCUGCCUCGUCAAACGAUGAAGAUAAUUUUUUUGGCCCUGUAUCAACCGAUUUCAUAAGGCCUGGCCGCUUGUCAGAUUCUGUUGCUUCUGAUGAUCAUCAUGACUUGACAAUGGACUCAACAUCUUUUUCCAUGCAUUUCCACAGUAUUGCUGGAUCAGAGUCUGGAAUAGACUUAAAGACACCAACAAGGGGUCAACUCUUCUUUGAAGAGAAGACACCUACUAAUUCAAAUAAAGAGCUCUCCUUGGUUUUCACUUUAGGUAAACCUCAUGUUCCGAGAUCUUUUGUGUCUGCUACAGAAGCAAGUGAGAAUCAAAGCUCCAAUGAUAUGAGUCUCGUUUUGGGGAACACUAAUAAGUAUGACUAUGAGAAACUAUCCCCAGAAUUAGAUGCAAUCCUAGCAGAGAACCGGAAGAACUUGCUUCAUGUUAUUGCACCUGAUGAUAUUACUUCACCAAAAAAGAACAGUGGACAAGUUUCAUAUUCUGUUAGUCAUGGAAAUUAUGACUCUGUAAGGAAAGGAAGUGAGAGGAUUAACUCCGACAGGGUGACAAAUGGAGACAAAUCUGAUGCUCGCAUUCAAUUUGGUGAUGCAAAUGGUUCUCGUGGAAGCUUUCGUGGUGGUUGUUCUCCUAAAAGGUCAACCAGCAUGUUGAGUGUCACAGCUUCUCACACAGAAAGUCGUAAACCAAUUAGUUCACCAUAUCAAUUGAGUAAAGAUGAUUUUGAUUCCUCACUGCUGGUAUCUACAUCUUCUCCAGUUAAACUGAAACAAACGCUUCUGACUACUGCAUCUCCAUCUCAACCUUGGGGAGUGACAUCCCAACCACCAAGUUCCAUGCUGAGGAAUGGAAGAAUUGAACAUCAUGAGACUGAGACAUCCAUUCAGAAAAGCAUUUCCAAACUGGAAUUACUUGAAAAGGCUGCAGCAUCCUCUUCUGUCUUCAGUGCUAAAGUCGACAAGUCCACAAUCAAGUCGUUAGAUUUUUCGAAAUCCCCUAAUGCAGUAGAAAAGAAUUAUGACAUCUCUAGAAUCAGUUUCAUUGAAGAUUCAGACAGUGAAGAAAAACUUGCCAGUGUAAAUCAGAGUACAGAAAGGAAUUUCGAUUUCUACAUGGAUCAUGCCAGGGGUGAAAAUCUUUUAGAGGAAUCAUUGAACCAAACAAUGGAUGGAAAAUCACCUAAUGCAUUGAAUGCUAAAAGUUAUUCUGCAGGCAAAUCAGAUCUAGGCCCCACUGCUGCUUCACCUUCUAAGAAGACACUGUCUGGAUAUAACUCCAUACGUAGUAUGUUUACAACCAAUUCUAAGUAUGAAAAUUCACUUAAGUCUGAAACGAAGUCUUCGUUGGCUGAAAGUGCUUUUAUUGAAGGUGAAAAAGCAAACACCCCUAUAUUUGUUCAUUCUUCAGACAGAGUGUUGGAUGAGAACUUGCCAGCUUCACCGGAUCUUGUAUCUAGUCUAUCCGUAGAUGUGCGGAGUCGUUUCAAACAAAUGGAAAACUCUGACAAUGGCCGAGAUUUCACUCCAGGGAGAGAUCCUGCACAUGUUAACUCAAGUGCAACUGACAGCAUCCAUACUGUGUCUGGAGGAAAGAAUGGAAAGUUAAGAUCACCAUAUGUUGAAGUCAACCGCCUAAACAUGAUUGAACUAAGAGCAACCGAUAACGGAGGUACUGAUAUGCAUAACGGGAAGGAAAUAAUGCAAACCACUGGUCUCUUCAGUUCUCCAACUAAAGAGAGCCAGUUCCAAGGUGUGCAUCUGGAAGUUGGUGACCUAACAAACAGGGACACCUCCAGCUUUGAGGAUAACAUAUCUGAAGCAGGGUCCAGAAUGGUUUCACAUGAGUCUGUUUCUCCUUUUGCCCGCAGGAAUUUAGACCAACCACAAUUGCAGUUCUCUGCAGGUAGCCCUUCAAGGAAAGAGCCUGAUGAUAAACAAAUCCCCAAAAUAGCCUCUCCAAGAAUCAUUCAGUUAAGUGGUGGCGUGAAAAGCUAUUCAGCAAACAAGAGAAACAUAGGACUAUUGCUGAGAGAUCCGCAACAUAGGACAGAAAUCACGAAGCUUGAAAGGAGUCCUAAACUUCUUAAAAGUGGCAAUCAUGAUACAGAGAAUAUUGUAUAUUCUAUUGACAAUAGAACCAAACAAAAUGGCCAAGACAAACGGAAGCUAGCUGAUGCAUAUUCUAAAUUCACUGAAGAUAUGAGAAUCCUGAUUUCUGGAUCAGCUGAUAAGCUUAGUUUUAAAAUGAUUGAUGUGCUGGAAGAUAUGUUGGUUCACCAGCAGAGGUUGAAAGUAUAUGAGAUGCUUCAGCAUGGAGUUGCGCCUCAGAGGGAAAUUGUUCUUCAUGAUCUCCAGCUUGAGAAAAUAACUGAAACAAAGUCAUUAUUGCAUAAAGUUGUCUUUGAAAAGGCAAAAUUGCAGCUGAAGCAUGUGAAGAGAGAAAGACUGUUGAAAAGGCUAAAUUUGUUGAGCUCCAGGAUGGAGGAUUCAAAGACACUAAAAGCAAAUAUGGCAUUACUUCCCAUGGGCAUAUGCACUUCUACUGUUGGUGCUGUUGGUAACCGGUUGUUGUCUGUCAACCUAACAAAGGAACAUGAGGUUUGCCAUGAUAAACUGACUACAAUGAGGCAGACCUUAGAAGCUUUGGAUAGAGAGAUUUUGACCAUGAAGAGAACGUUACAUUCAUGCUGCAAAUUAAAAGCUGAACCUGGAGUUGGUGAGACAAUUACUUUGGUCACUGAACACUUGGCAAAGAAAACUUCUCGCAGGUUUAUUCGUCUGGAUACGCAGAUGUGGGUUGUCCAAGGCCUGUCCAGUUCAAAUGGUCAGCACAAGGUUAUCCUGAAUCAUCUCGAUUUAAUCAUUCAGAGCAUACAAAUCAUUGCUGGUCCUACAUCUAGUGUCAGAAGCUCAUUUAAGCUGAACGAGACAAACAUCACAAAGAAUUUUCCAAAUAUGGAUGCUUGCAUAGCAUUUCAGUUUGUGUUUAACACUGACACUGCUCACAAAUAUGUCAGUGCUAAAAAUUUGGUACAAGAAACUCAAGUAACAAGUUCACUUUUAGGUACCUUACUUGAUGUUGUUGAGGAGGUACAAACAGCACAUAUAGAGUUUCAGAACCUAACACAGACAUGCUUUUCUUCACCAUCUAUGGAUCAUUUAGAUCUGAUGCUUUGUUUCUUUAAUUUCAACUCUGGGGGGAAGGUGUCCUUCACAUUUGAUCUUUCUUGCUUGAAGCGAGGAAUCUAUCCUUCGGAGAUCCUUCCACUUGAACUCUCAUCACCCAUUUCCAGCUGCACAAAUCCGUCAUCUGAGAUUAUUCUUGACAAAAUCAGAGACGCUGUUAAGGAUGUUAGAACUGGGUACACGAGGAUUCUACGUCUCUGCAGGUGCUUGUCACGGAUUGUUCAAACCACAACUGCAUAGAAAGUUUGUAGGACACCUAUUUUCUGCUGAAUCUGGCAAGGGAAAACCUGGUCAUGAUCAGGAUGUAUCAGCAAACAACGAAGUAUUCGCCUCGUUGCAGGUUUAUUCACGCACCUCCGUUGUUUAAUUACAUUAGCAAAUACACUUGUUUGCUGGACUUUGUUUUCCUUGCUGUCCUUUCUAUCCAUAGAAACUCUUACCAAUAUACACGUACUUCUUUGAAGGUUAGUUACUUAGUUCUAUCAAAAAUUUCAUUAUGAAAAUUUCUUGCUGAUAA